GAUGAGUUUGAUGUACUUCACCAUAGUUAGGAAGUGAAACUGAAGUAGGCCAAUCCCAAGAUUCUCCACGGCGGAAGACCUCAAAAUCUCCUCUUCUCUCCUUUGAUCGACGGUAUUAUAAAUGAUUCUCUGAUUCUCUCCGGCGGCCAUCUCUCCGCGCUUCUUCACUUUUAGAAGCGUGGUAGAGAGAUUUUGCAUUACUAUCACAGCAUUUUCUGCGUUUCAUUUCUCUCAGUUUGCAGCUUAAAGGCUCAUCUACCACCAAAUCACUUCUACCAGAAUAUAAGAAUGGCUGGUGACGAUUGCGGUGUUGAAGUUGAUAACAUUGACUGGGACACUGAAGAUGAGCUUGAAAUUGAGAGUAUACCUUUAGCCUCUCAUGCGAGUUUGACAUUUCCUAGUGUUGAGGCAAAUAUGGCAAGCUCAUCUGCAGGUCCCUCCAACUCUAAGAUAGUUGAUCAUUUUAUAGGAAUGGGAUUUUCUGCAAAAAUGGUCACGAAAGCUAUCGAGGAAAAUGGAGAGGAAAAUACUAAUUCUAUACUCGAGACCCUCCUCACAUUGUCGGCUCUUGAAAACUCUCCUCCAAAGCAGCAGCAUGUUGAUACCGACGAGUCCUUUUCGGAAUAUGAAGGAAGCUUUCUGGAUGAUUUUACUGAUCUAGACAGUGAUUCUGAAAAUGAGGGGCCUGCAAAACCUGUAUCUGAUGUUGACAACAAAUUGAUGUUCUUGGUGGACAUGGGGUACUCCGAAGAUGAAGCUCAUGCUGCAAUAGAGAGAUGUGGUGCGCAUUCCUCAAUUGCAGAGCUGACAGAUUUUAUUUCUGCUGCUCAAAUUUCUAAGGCUGCAGAUGUUCUUCUCGGUGAUCUCCCGGAUAGGCCAAAGCCGAAGAAUCUCGAUGGCUGCAGUAAACUCAAAAAAAGAAGGCAUUAUGAUUAUGAGGCAUGGAAAAAGAAAAAACCGAAAUGCUUUGAUGACGACGACGAGACGAUUCGUUUGCCAAAUCCAAUGCUCGGGUUUGGGGUACCCAAUGAACUAUGUCCUACAGUUCAGAGAAAGCUUCCAGAGGCAGCCAUUGGACCUCCCUACUUUUACUACGAAAACGUGGCACUCGCUCCAAAAGGAGUUUGGAAUACGAUUUCCCGCUUCUUAUAUGAUGUCGAACCCGAAUUUGUUGAUUCCAAACAUUUCUGUGCUGCUGCAAGAAAAAGAGGCUAUGUUCAUAAUCUCCCAAUACAUAACAGAUUUCCUCUCCUCCCAAUGCCUCCUCACACUAUACAUGAAGCAUUCCCUUUAACAAGGAAAUGGUGGCCUUCAUGGGAUACUAGAACGCAAUUGAAUUGUUUACAAACUUGCAUUGGAAGCGCUCGACUGACCGACAGAAUUCGCAAAGCUCUUGAAGAUUACGAUAGCGAACGUGAUCCACCCUUGACCGUGCAAAAGUUUGUCUUAGAUCAAUGUCGGAAAUGGAAUUUGGUUUGGGUUGGAAAAAAUAAGGUCGCCCCGCUCGAGCCUGAUGAAGUCGAAAUGCUUCUCGGAUUCCCCAAGAACCAUACUAGAGGAGGUGGAAUCAGUAGAACAGACAGAUACAAGUCUCUUGGCAAUUCAUUCCAGGUACCUAUCUCUUCAUUCUCUUCUUUAUCUUAUCAUCUUGGGAUCGCUCUGAAUUUCCUUUCGAAUAUUAUUGAUUGGUCAGUGCUUGAACUGCAUCGGUACUAUUAUUAUUUUGGUUAAGAUACCGUUUUGGUCUCAAUACUCUGGCACUUGUUAUGUUUUCAAUAAAUCUUAAAAUUAGUCUCCGUAUUAGCUAAAUGUUACCUUUUCCAAAGAAAGGAAGUUGUGAAAAACGUUGGGACUACUUACUAACUAUAAGGACUAGUUUUAAUAUUUAAUGAUCGCUCUGAAUUGCCUUUCGAAUAUUAUUGAUUGCUCAGUGCUUGAACUGCCUCGGUAUUAUUACUAUUUUGGUUAAGAUACCGUUUUGGUUGGUCCCAAUACUUCGAUACUUGUUCUGUUUUAGUUUUUAUACUUUCAGAUGUCCGAAUAUACGUUAAAUAAAUCUUAAAAUUAGUCUGUGUUAGCUAAAACGUUGCCUUUUCCAAAAAAAAAAAACGUAGGGACUAACAAUAAGGACUAGUUUUAAGAUUUAACGAACGACAUUUGAUAGUAUAAGGAUCAAAAUUUGAUCGAGACCGAAAGGACGGAGACCAAAUGGAUAUCUUAACCAAUAUUUUUUUUAUAAUUGGGUAUC